AUGCGGAUUUUCGUGCGAUUCUGCUGCUGCAGUGGUCCCCCGCUAGCCGCACCGGACGAAGGGGGAGCAAGCGGCUGUUGCCACAGCAGCUCUGGAUGCCGUCCCUUCACAGCGGCAGCGGCUGCGGCUCAAAACAGCUGCUUGCACGUUGACGAGCAGCGGCAGCAGACGGUAGGCCACUUGAAACAGCAUCUGCUGCGCUUGCUGCAUAGAGGAGUCUUCAGCGGUAAUGCGCCUGCCAUCGCCAGCAACUGCCCCCCCCGCGAGCCGGUUGAGGGAGAAGAUGGAAGCGCGAAGAGAUGCAGCCUGCUGCAGCUACGUCUGCAAGGAUUCAUGCUCCCCGAUGAGCAGCCUCUCGCAGUCAUUCGUGACGGAGACGUUGUGACUGCCUGUCUGCACAACCUCAACGUCACCACUCACGGCACUCCACGGCAGGCUGACCUCCUCCAGCAAGAAGAGCUGACUCCUUCCAAACACAAGCUCGUCGGGAGGGCGUCUGAUGUACAGCGCAAGAGGCAGAGAUCUGCUGCUGCAGAAAAAUCACCGGCUGUGCCUUCUGGAGAAGGCUCUAGAACUGCUGCGAACGCGACAGCCGCUACCAGCAGAAGAAGCAGCAGCAGUAGCAGCAGCAGUAGCAGCAGCGAUGAUGAAGGCAGAAAUACUUUUUUUGUCUCUCCUUCGAAGCCUGUCCGCAAGGAAGCAGCAGCGGCAUCAACAGGCAAGCAUGUGCAGUAUUUGCGUCCUGGGCAUAUUAUCCUCGGCAGCAGCAGCAGCAGCAGCAGCAGCAGUGAGACGGAGAGUGAAGGAAUUGAAGGAUGCGGGAGACUUAAUUUGCGGCGAGAGCAGAAACAGCCGCCACUCUCCUCAAAGCAGCAGCAGCAGCAGCAGCACCGCCUAUGUGCUGGACCUCUCCCGUUGCCGCUGCAGCGUCUACAGCGCCAGCAGCAACAAAAGGGGCCCCUCUGUGCUUCUUUAGAGGGGAAGUGGCUCAAGGCGCAGCUGCUCCUGCUGCAGCAGGGAGUGCCACAGCUCUCACCGCAGCAGAUCUUCCGCGUGCUGCAGGUGGACGUACAGCGCAGCCGAGUGCUCCUGCAGCCAGCUGCAUCGGGAGAUUUUUCUCAGGGCGGAAAGGGCAGACACGGCAGGCAGCAGCAGCAGCAGCGCCGCUGGAGAGACUGGACUGAACUCACUGCCACCCACCUCCUGCCUCAUGACGCAGAAGACCUCGAGCAGCAGCAGCAGCAGCAGCAGCAGCAGCAGCAGCAGCAGCAAAGCAGGCAGCUCGAUCAGAGGCCGCCACUGGACCCCACACCACCCAGUGGAGAGAGCAGCAGCAACAGCAGCAGUGGAGAGAGCAGCAGCAACAAGGGUAAGGCUACUCCUACGACAAAUGGGAAAAACGGCGGCACAAGUGCUGCCCAGUAUAGGCCUCUACGGGAGCUGCGUGCUGCGGCAGCUGCUGCAGCAACUGGUUCUGCAACAGAGAAAUCUUCCCGAGGCAUCAAAGAACCGUCGAGAAACGGGGUGAAGGACGGCAGCACCGUCGCUGGAGGUACAGUAUCGGAAGGGGGGGUGUCUUUGGGGGGAGGAGGAGCAGCAGCAACAGCAGCACAAACAGCUCCAAAGGAGGGGACCCCUGCAACUCCCAUUACUAGCAUCGACGCUAAGUCGGGAGGCGCAACAGCAUGUAAGGCGGAAAUUCGCGCGUGGGUGUCUACAGCCUUGCUGCAUAUGGAGGGGGGGGAGAGGCUUCAGCGGCAGCUAUUAGUGACAACAGGUCCUUUAGGAACGCUGCAGCUCCCUGGCAGCGAUCUGUGGCUGCAAGAAAAGCCACAGCAUGUCGCACGUUGGCGAGAGGCAGUGCAGCAAGAGCAGCAGCAGAAGAAGCGGCAGAAGGGGGGCGUUGAUCAGGUGGACGUACAGCAGCAGCCGGGGUCGGUGGAAGCUGCAGCAGCAGCCGCUGCAGCGGCUGCUGCUGGGGAUGCAGCACAGGAUGCCCUCCCUUUGUCUGCAUGCAGUGACGUGCUCCCCCCGGAGCUUGUGACAGCUGCCGAGAAGCUGCUUCAGCAGCGGCUGUCUCAGCUGCGCGCGGCAGUGCGACGUCAGGUAGAUUGGUAUUUCUCUCCUAGCAACUGGAAGCAAGAUCACUACUUGCGAGAUCAGGCUGUGGUGUAUCCCCCCUCCACGGAAGGCAGAGAAGGAGGCGGAAGAGGGCGAGAGGGCUCGCAGCCUCUCGGCGAGAAAAAAUUGGCAGUUCCUCUGCAGCUAGUGCUAGGAUUUCCUAGACUGCAGCGGCUCACUCGAGAUGCUGCAUUUGUGGUCGCGUGUUUGCAAGGGGGCGGGGGGGGGCUGAAACACGUGGAGGUCAGUGGUCCCUCAAACGACCUUCUCUUGCGGAAGGAGGGAGAGAGGGGAGCGUGA